CAGACUGCUUCUACAAACAAUUGUGAAAGACUGUGCAAUAAGUCCGUCUGUGAAAUGUCCUUGCUACUAAAUAUUCCACGGUCAACUGUUAGUGGUAUUAUAACAAAGUGGAAGCAACUGGGAACAACAGAAACUCAAUGUGGUAACAACAGCCACAAUGUGGUAAGCCACGAAAAAUUACAGAGCAGGGUCAGCGCAUGCUGAAGAGCACAGUGAGCUGCCAACUGUCUGCAGAGUCAAUAGCUAAAGACCUCCAAACUUCAUGUGGCCUUCAGAUUAGCAAAAAAACAACAGUGGCUAGAGAGCUUCAUGGAAUGGGUUUCCAUGGCCAAGCAGCUGCAUUCAAG